AUGACCGCUUUACAGAACCUCCCGCAGUCCUGGCGGCGGCUUGUUUUCCUGCUGCCGGUGCUGGUGAUUACGCUAAUCCUCGCGACUGGGUUGUACAAUGGGUCGAUUCCCAAGCCGCCAAUGCAAGUGACGUUCGGUGACAAGGCCGACUCUCCGAGCCCCUCGAUCCACCAGACCUGCCCCGACGGCCCAUCGGCUCUCGACCGCCUGCCUGAUGUGAUUCGCGCGCUGUGGGCGCCGCUGGUCCUACCUAUCACCGCCCCGACCUUCACAACAAUCGAUGGCGAGGUGAAGCAUUUGCCGCCCCCGGGGGAAUUGAUCCACACCCAGUCCCUUGGGAAGCGGAUCUGCAUCUUCGACAUUGACAACCGCGACUUCACCGGCAACGGCAGCAUCUUCUCCGACGAGCUGCCCAGGUGGGACAAUUUGGGACACCCGGCAGCAGGCUUCCUGAGUCACUAUCUGUACGCCCAGAUCCAUGGCUAUUCGUACAAGUUCAUCAGGUCCCCAAAGUAUGCCGACCGGGCACCACACUGGUCCAAGGUUCUCUUCACCAAGGAACUGCUCAAGGAAUAUGACAUCGUCGUCAUGCUCGAUUACGAUGCCAUGUUCCCGUCGCCCGAAGUGCCUCUUGAGUGGCUCCUCAACUACUGGAAGAUUGGGCCCGAGGUUCUGGUCGCCAUGGCCGAAGACCCGGCGGGCGAACCCAACUUCGACAACCGCCACAGAGCCAACGUCAACACGGGCUUCAUCAUCGCACAGGCCGGCGAGCUGACCCAGCGGCUGUUCAAGGACUGGGCCGAGUGCCCCGACGAGACGCGCUACCCGGGCUGCGCCGUCUGGAAGGACAAGCCAUUCCACGAACAGUCGGCCUUCAGCUCCCAUGUGCGCUACGACUUUCUCGACGGCUACAGCAUCGACACGCACCCACAGUACAUCAGACACCUCCCAUGCAAGGAGGCCAACGGCAUCCCCGAGGUUGCAGGGUGCGGUUGCAUCGGCCAGUUUGUCCGCCACUACUGGGCACACAAGGAGCUGACGAACCGCGAAUUCGGCCACAAUGUCAUGGCCGCCCUGACGCCGCUGCUCAUCGAGGCUGCCUACAGACAACCAGGACACGUCGAGGAAUAUCGGCGCAAGGUUCUGCAAGGCUCGCAGAUCCUGGACAAACCACUCUAG